AGCGAAGCGCGGAGGUGAGCGCUGCUAGAAGCCGGCUGCGCUGGGAAGCCAAGCGGUGGGGGGCUCUGGGCAGAGCGCUCGGCCUUCCGAGGCGUCCCGGUUCCCAGCACUUUCUAAGGAGCCCGUGCUCGCCCGACUCUGGCUUCUCCUUUGACAGCACCAGGACAGGACAGGCCCUUCGUUCCCUUCGUUUGACUCAGAAAGGGGCCCGAAGAGAGAUUGAGAGACCUCAGCGAAGAUGUGUGUACAAGGCUCGGGUGAGCGAGGGUGCUCCAGUCUGUCCGGGCGUCUGGAUGAGUGUCUUCGGGGGCAGGGCCCAUGGAUGUGCUGGGGCCUCACCUGUCUCUUUCCUGAGCUUCCCGUCAUACAUCUUGGGCAGCUUGCAGGAGACUAGAUCCUUCGAGACCAUGGGGUGACAGUUCUUGUGUUUGCCAACUUAAGCAAGAGGACAAUCGUUAUCUUUAACUGAACAGAAAACAGGUGGAAUGCCAAGAAUUAUCCAGAGAGAAUUGCACUCUGCUGCAGGGUAGGAACCAUGGCUGUUUUGUUCAAGGAGGAAUUCCCAACAUCUAGGCAUAGAACUUGACAUGGCACACAAUAAAAGGUCCUUGGGGAGCCAGCCAGCUGGAAGCACAUGUGCUGCAGGGGUGAGCGUGCAGGAUGAAGGCUGCUGAGAGGGAGGUCCCAGAUGUGCACUUCACUGUGGAUAAGCAGAACAUCUCCCUCUGGCCCCAAGAGCCUCCUCCCAGGAUGGGCCCGUGUCUGGUUCUGAGGAAGCCUCUCAUGGUCCAGGCUACACUCAUCAUCCUGACUCUGGGCCUGACCUCCUCCAACUUGCUGUAGGCCACUCUCUAUCCCUGGUUUAUGCACACAGUAUCAGAUGUAAAGACCAAUGCCCAGUUGCUGAAAGGCCGUGUGGACAACAUCAGCACUCUGGGUUCUGAGAUCAGGAGGAAUAGAGGUGGUGUGGAGGCAAGCAGCAUCCAGGUCGGGAUGGUGAAUGCCAGCCUGGAUCAUGUGCGUUCUCAGAUCAGGAAGUUGGAAGCCGGUGUGAAGUGAACACUGUUCCAGAUGUUAACAAGAAGAUGGGAGGAGGUCAAUGAUUUAAAUACCCAAAUUCCAGUGUUAAAAAGAGAUUUGGACAAAGCCAGUUCUUUAAAUGCAAAGGUCCGGGGACUCCAGAGCAGUUUGGAGAACAUCAGCAAGUUGCUCAAGUGGCAAAAUGACGUUCUGCAGAUGAUUUCUCAAGGUUGGAAGUACUUCAAGGAGAAUUUUUACUACUUUUCUCACAUCCCAAAGACCUGGUACAGUGCCCAGCAGUUCUGUAUGUCCAGGGAUUCACACCUGACCUCGGUGGCCUCAGAGAGUGAACAGUCUUUCUUGUUUUCUGUACAAGGUGGACUUUUCUACUGGAUCGGCCUGACCAAAGCCGGGAGUGAGGGGGAUUGGUGCUGGGUAGAUAAGACUCCAUUUGACAAGGUCCAGAGUGCACGGUUCUGGAUUCCAGGUGAACCCAACAAUUUUGGGAACAAUGAACACUGUGCCAAUAUAAAGAUGUCCUCGCUUCAGUCAUGGAAUGAUGCUUCCUGUGACAAUAAGCUCUUUUUCAUCUGUAAACAGCCCUACAUCCCAUCGGAACCAUGACAGGACUGGCCCCAAGCUCGCACAUUGAGCUCCAAUGCUUGUCGAACUCAAGAAAAUGCCCCUUUUUUCCAAUUCCAGGGUGACUUUGCACCUUCAUUUUCCUGGCUUCAGAAUUAUCCCAGAGGCAUCCUGGAGUUCAUCUGCUUUGGCUGGGAAUUCUCUGACCCCAUAGAGGCAGCUGGAAUGGAAGGAAGAUCUUGGAAAGGGAGAGGAAAGCAGAGAGGAUUUAGAAGUUCCAACAGCCUCAGUAAGGUGAUCAGGAACUUGGGGUUCCCUGUCCUUUCAGAAAAGCCUGUUUUAUCACAUGAAAGUUGCUCCAGACCACCCAAACAAUUCUCCUGAUACCGAUGUUUAGAGCUUUUCCAGUCGAUCCCAUAGAAUUCCCAGUUGCCUGCCUAUGGGGUCCGUGUUCUUCUCAGUGGGAAGAGCUCUGCACUUGGUGAGCCUGUCCAGGCCAUGACCCUACUGCCCUCUCUAUCAUCCACAUCUCCUGAUGUUUGAGCCCCUUCUUCUCUGAGAUGGGGGCAGCUGGGUCAGGUCAGGGGCUGACGUGGAAACAAGCCCCCUUUAGAGCUGGAUCAGUAUCCACGUUCCCUCUCACUCCACCUCACUAGGCAGACUCCGUGGUCCAGCUCUGUCUUCUGCAGUCCUCCACCCAGCCCAGCCCCUCUGCCUCACCUCCCGCACAUCCUCUUCGGGCUGCAUUUCCUCUCUGCCCUUUAGGUACAGAGGAAGUGGUCCUCUGUCCCUAGAGAGUUCACCUGCAAACUUCAUUUGAAUAAAAUACUGCCUGGGUAAACCAUGUUUUACCUCUGUGAGCAUAUUUUAAUCCUGGAUGUACAGGUGAAUGUGCCGGCAAGACCAUCUGCUCUGCUGGACAUAAAGUUCUGGGGUAUCCCAGUUGGGGGUUCAAAAAUGACAAGGGGUAGAGAAGACCCAGCCCUGGAAAUGCCACAAAAUAUAAGCAGUA